AUGCUAUCGAGUGUGCCGUCCGUGCUGACAGAGAUAGUACCCUUCUUGCAGCGCGCAAAGGAGGUAGAGCGUGUGGAUCCUGUAAUAGCAUAUUGGUGUACGUCGAUACGGCUCAUUCCAGGCAAGUAUUACGCGGCUCAAAUUGGCAUUGAGAAGGGCACCGGGCAUGCAGAGGCGCAAGCCUUCUUGCUCCAAUUUAUGGACGAGCUUGAGCAGUCAUUUUUGGCAGCUUCCAAAUUCUUGGAGCUGCUCCAGGUAUUUGGUCCGCUGGAGCCCGACGUACGUGUGCAUGGACUAAAGCAGAUGCAAACAAAGAUCAAAUACGCCAAGUGGAAAGCCGCCCAGAUCUCAAAGGCCCUGCGUGAAGGUUCGGCGCUGACACCUGGGCCGGACAAGACGGCUAUGGAGAGAGAGGCAGCGCAAACAUCCAGUGAUGAUGCAUCACAAGCUGCGCGCGUGAGUGAUGCAGAGGAGGCGACCCAGUUAAAGUGGCCACAAGUACCACGCGAGACAGAUGCUCCCCAGGUGCACGUCAUGGCUGCACGCUCUACAGACCAGACGUCGAAGCCUCCCGCGGAGGCCGGGCCACUCGCGGCGCAGCCUUCGGACUCAGAGGACCGCGCGCCGGAAUCGGGCCUAUCUGUGCGUGAGAUUGCACACGCUCAAAAACUCUGUCGCUGGGCUUCUAGUGCGUUGGACUAUGAAGAUCUUGAGACAGCGCGCACACAGCUGCGUCAGGCCCUUUCGCUGCUGGACGGCACAGGCCCCCCAAGAUAG